AGAAAUCUGUUCGCAGUGCUGCAGUGUCCGGGUUGAGAGCUGCACGAGAGCUGAAUCGUAUCAAGAUCCGACCGCUACCAUCACCACCACAAUAAGCACAACCACCAUAGUUGCAGUCGGUUUUGGUGUUCAGAUUACAAUUGCGCAGAAGUCCACUCAUGUGGGGAAACCUGCUGCUAUUUUCUGCUGAGGAGUGAUGACUAACUCCAACACCAGCCUCCUUUGAAUUUCGCUGCGGUGACGGCGACCAGUCCUCCUCGCUCAGACAAAACAGUUUCGAGGAGCGAGACCUUCGCAUCGGCUACAGUUGCCAGCAGCAGCACAGUAUGGUAUCAGAUGCUAACUCAGGAUACUCUACGUGGAGAAGGUGGUUGCAAGAUGUUUUUCCUGCCAGCGAGAGUCCCAAACCUAAACUGAUACCAGAGAUCGAACCAACUUUUCUAUCUGAAGGGGACAGCUGGGCCCGGUCCUGCUUCAAAUCAGAGGAGAACCAUCCCAGAUAUAUUCCCAUUACUGACCUGCAGCUCCACCAGCUGCCCGACGGGUGGCGCCACCAGCAAGUGCUGUCUGACGUUCAGGCUGUGGGUCGGCGCGUCGUUAAACUGACGGUCAAAAAGCGGAGUAGCGCGCGUGCAGGUGCGCCACGUCCUGGCGGCCAUGUUGGCACAGGCUUCGUGACCUUUCACCCGCGCUGGGGCGCCGUGGUGCACACGUGCAAGCACGUGGUCUUCGACUGCUUCGAGGCGGACAACACGAUGGUCACUUUUUUCUAUGACAAAGAGGUCAGCGGCGGCACGUCUGUACUCAAGUGCCCUGGUAGCUCUCGUCACUUCCGCUCGGUGUGGUCGAUGGACUACUCAUCUUUCGCGCUGGCGCUGCCCAUGCAGGAGUUCUUCCCCCUCACCGACGAUCGCGUGGACGACAGGUUUGCGUGGCGGAACUUCUCUCUGUCUCGCCUCCUGUAUCGUCAGAAGAACACAGUCGAUGUUCUUAUCAUCUCUCACCCCCACGGGCGGCCGAAACAGGUGUCAUUUGGCAAGCUGACUAGACGACAUAGCAUGGUGCCGGUGAUGUACGACGCUCCCACGUGCCCGGGCUCCAGUGGCGCCCCCGUAGUGCGUCUCAGCGCAGACCACGCCAUCUACCUGACCGCCGGCCAGUUUCUACACCAUGGCCACUACCACUCGAGGGUCAGCCUGGGAAUGGGACAACUACGGCCACCGCUCACCUUGCCCUACUGGCGCCCGCUGGACAGCCCGAGGUUACGGCGCGUGGUAAGUACGCUGUACGAGCCCGUCAGCUACUGGGCACUCAUGCUCGUGAACAUGCUGGAGGUGGAGAGCGUCCUUUUCAACGGUAUCGACAACCUCUGCUACUUCCUGACGCUGUAUGGCUACUUCUUCGGCUGGCGUGAUGCCUGGGUGUGGUGCGUCCUGGCAGUCUUGCUGACCAUGCUGGCCUUCCAGAUGUGCCGCUACGCUUACUCGGGUGGACACUGGCGAUACGCCGUCACGCACCUGGCCCUCGUGGCAUACAGCUUGAGCAUGCACUGGGUCACCUGGCUCGUAAUCAACGUUGUGCCUGAGGACUACCUUGCCCUCUGGUGGGUGGCUCCUUUCUGGUUGUCAGUUCUGAUGGUCUCUCGCCACGUCCAUCUCCCGCCUCAUUUCUUUGACACCCAUCUGGAAUGCAGACUUUGACGCUCGUCUGCAAAGCAUAAUUUGAGGCUCAUCUAGAAUGUAGGCUUUGAUGCCCACCCAGAAUGUAGGUUUUGAUGCUCACCCAGAAUGCAGACUUUGAUGCUCACCCAGAAUGCAGACUUCGACGACCGUCAAGAAUAAAAACUUUUUGAGUUUCUGGACUGCAAGCUUUGACAGCUGACAUCUCUAACUUCGUCAGACAAUAAAAGACAUUAAACUGUUGUCAGCUAAUAAAAUAAAAUGACUUUAUAAAAGUUCAGGAUGGUAAGCGGGAUGAGAUGGUAAAAUACUUAUAGGAUGAAUCUCUCCAUUGAUUUGGAAACAACUACAGCCAACAACAAAAUUCGAACGUGAAAGGAGCGAUGUUCGAACUUUUUAUGUGCACUUAUUGUAAUCUCAAGCAUGGCGUCUUAUAGAAAUAGAAAAACAGCAACAAAGGCGAGUUCAACAUCCACUGAAAUCUCGGAGGAUUCAGAAAUAAUGUGUGUGCCCUAUAAGACUUGUUAGUAGUUCCAGACUUAUUCAUGUAACAGGAAAGAUGUUCUAGAGUGAAUUCGAGUUAUAAAGGGUAAAUGUUCUGAUGUGUGUGUGCAGUUAGUGCAAUUGGCAGUUUAUUGGCAGUUCAUUGGCAAAAAUGUAUAAUUUUUGUGUCAUAAAUGCGAACUGCUCUCAAAUUUUUAAGAAAAAAAGUACGUUAUGGAUUCUGCAAACUGUCUGUGAUUAAUUUGAAAAUGAAUGUAAUUUUAGUGAAACGUUUAUUUCAAAUAACUCAUAAUAAUUUAAUAGAGUAAUAAUUUAACAUUCUAACAUAAACAGCCUGCUGAAACUGUCUCAUUGCUCAUCCUCAUUGCACAGCGAUACAAGGGAGAGAACUUCCCCCUCCCUCGUCCGCAAGAGUUGGCGGAGUUCACUUCUCAUGGCACACGCCGGUCUCGGCUGGCACGGAGCUCAUCGCCUGGCUGUCGACAGCAAACAAAUUCGCAAAACCAAAGAAAAC